GGGAGCAGGAUGGCGGCUCUGGACAGUGACAGCGAGGAGGACCUGGUCAGCUAUGGGACGGGCCUGGAGCCUCUGGAGGAAGGUGAAAGACCAAAGAAACCCGUUCCUCUUCAGGACCAGACUGUCAGGGAUGAGAAAGGAAGGUAUAAACGCUUUCACGGCGCCUUUAGUGGCGGCUUCUCCGCAGGAUACUUCAAUACUGUUGGCUCUAAAGAAGGAUGGACACCUUCUACCUUCGUGUCUUCAAGACAGAACAGGGCAGACAGGUCUGUUCUUGGACCUGAAGAUUUUAUGGAUGAAGAGGAUCUUAGUGAAUUCGGGAUAGCACCUAAAGCAAUCGUUACCACAGAUGAUUUUGCUUCCAAAACCAAAGACAGAAUACGGGAGAAAGCCAGGCAACUGGCAGCCACUGCUGCCCCUAUUCCUGGAGCCACGCUGCUCGAUGAUCUCAUCACACCGGCAAAACUGUCUGUGGGCUUUGAACUCCUAAGAAAAAUGGGUUGGAAGGAAGGACAAGGAGUUGGCCCUCGGGUGAAGAGAAAGCCACGCCGACAGAAACCAGACCCUGGUGUUAAGAUCUAUGGCUGUGCGCUGCCGCCCGGAGGCUCUGAAGGGUCUGAGGAUGAAGAUGAUGACUACCUGCCUGACAAUGUGACUUUUGCUCCUAAAGACGUCAUGCCUGUGGAUUUUACCCCUAAAGAUAAUGUACACGGGCUGGCCUACAAGGGCCUGGACCCCCGCCAAGCACUGUUCGGAAGGCCAGGAGAACAUCUGAAUCUUUUUGGUGGAGCAUCUGAGGGGACCAGCCAUCUUCUUGAAGAUGUCGGCCUGAGUAAAGGAAGAAAAUUGGGAAUUUCUGGCCAGGCUUUUGGUGUAGGCGCCCUGGAAGAGGAAGAUGAUGACAUCUACGCCAUGGAAACUCUGUCCAAGUAUGAUACUGUGUUGAAGGAUGAGGAGCCUGGAGAUGGCCUCUAUGGAUGGACAGCUCCCAAGCAGUACAAAAGUCAGAAAGAACCAGAGCGAGAUCUUCGAUAUGUUGGCAAAAUUUUGGAAGGAUUUUCCUUGGCUUCUAAACCUCUAUCUUCAAAGAAAAUUUAUCCACCCCCUCAACUGCCCAGAGACUAUCGACCGGUGCAUUACUUCAGGCCCGUGGUUGCCCCAACGUCUGAGAAUGCUCACUUAAUUCAGGUGUUGUCAGAGUCAUCUGGGAAAGCAGGACAAGACAUGGGGACACACAGUAGGCAUCAACUCAAUGCCUCCAAGCGGGGGGAGUUGCUAGGAGAGAUGCCUGUUCAAGGGUCAGCUACUUCAGUGUUGGAGUUUCUGUCCCAAAAAGACAAAGAAAGAAUUAAAGAAAUGAAGCAGGCGACUGACCUGAAGGCAGCUCAAGCCAAGGCCCGGAGUCUGGCCCAGAGCGCUUCAAUCAGCAGAGCGCAGGCCUCCACACCGGACCUCGCAGCCAGCCCAUGGCACCUGGCCCCGGGCAGUGGGGCAGCCCCCACAAGAGCCAGCAACUUCAAGCCUUUUGCCAAAGAACCAGAAAAGCAGAGGCGAUAUGAAGAGUUCUUAGUACACAUGAAGAAGGGUCAGAAAGAUGCUCUGGAACGGUGCCUGGACCCUAGCAUGACGGAGUGGGAGCGAAGCCGCGAGCGGGAGGAGUUUGCUCGGGCAGCCCAGCUCUACGUGUCCUCCCACUCCACCCUGUCCUCCAGGUUCACUCAUGCCAAGGAGGAAGACGACUCCGAUCAGGUUGAAGUUCCUCGAGACCAAGAGAAUGACGUCAGUGAUAAGCAGUCAGCUGUGAAGAUGAAGAUGUUUGGGAAGCUCACCCGAGACACUUUUGAGUGGCACCCCGACAAGCUUCUGUGUAAGAGGUUUAAUGUCCCUGACCCUUAUCCAGGCUCAACAUUAGUCGGCCUACCCAGAGUGAAGCGGGACAAAUACUCAGUCUUCAAUUUCCUGACGCUCCCAGAGCCAACCCCUUCUCCCACAGCCCCAACACCCAGUGAAAAAGCCCCACAGCAGCAGCAGCAGCAGCAGCAGCAGCAGCAGCAGCAGCAGCAGCAGCAGCAGCAGCAGCAGCAGCGGGGUUCUGACAAAUCCAGGAAGCCAUCUCGAUGGGACACAUCCAAACAGGAGAAGAAGGAAGAUUCCAUUAGUGAGUUUUUAAGUCAGGCCAGAUCAAAAGUUGGCCCUCCGAGACAAGAACCCAGCACCUCAGGAAACAAGGAGGAGGAACAGGUCCCGAAGCCAUGCCCAGACAAGACUGUAGACAAAGGUGUGGAUACGCAGAUGGAAGGGGAACAUAGCCGCCCUUCCAUGGAUAUAUUCAAGGCCAUCUUUGCCAGUUCUUCAGAUGAACAGUCUUCAUCCUCAGAGGAGGAGCCAGACGACAGUGAAGACAAUCAAGAGCACACCGAGGUGGCCAGCUUUAAAAGUUCCCAGGAGGCUGCUGCUGGGGAGACCCCUGUGACGCAUGCUGCUGAGCCAGAGCCCUGUGCACCCACAGUGCCCUUCCCCAUCCAGAAGGUACAGAUGGAUGAGCGUGAAGAGUUCGGACCGCGGCUGCCUCCCGUCUUCUGCCCCAAUACUCGUCAGAAACUUGAGACACCUCAGAAAGAGAAACCUAAGAAGAGCAAAGAAAAACACAAGACCAAGAAAGAGCACAGACGAAAGAAAGAGAAGAAAAAGAAACACAAGAAGCACAAGCACAAAAGUAAGCAAAGGAAUAAGAAGUCGGAGAAAAGCAGCAGCAGCAGCUCCGAGGGCGGCAGCAGUGACAGCGGGAGUGAUGAGGGGGCGGUGGCGGACCUGUGCCCCCAGGAGCUGCUGAGACGACUGAAGAAUCUCCCGCUAAGGAGGCAGUAAUGGAGUCCUGCCCUGGCCCGCCUCAGCCUGGAAUCGCCUCCAUGCUGAAGUCCCUUGAUUUCCCAGCUCACACAUUGUACAGAAUGUAUUUAUAUGUAAAUCUUGCUGUAAAAUAAGUUUUUAAACUUUGACAUUUCACAGGCUGCCCUGAAAGGUUGCAGAAAUUGAUUCCUAUUUUUAACUUCAGUCCCUGUUGUGGGGCGAGAAGACUGAACAGUUUAAUUAA